GGCCGGUGCACGGCGCCGCGGUACGAACGAUCGCUCCUCGCCGCCAUUAUAAUACUUUCGUCUAUCAAACAGUUUAUUAAAAAUAAACCGUCGUGUUUCCAACGUUUCGUUAUUUACACAGAUGACAACGAAACCUUACGUGAAAACCCAGACAAUCCAACGAGAAACGAAUCGAAUUUAAAAACUAAAAACUAAAGUAACCCAAGCAUUCCAAAUUCAAACUAACAAAGUUGCCAUAUUAACAUUAACAAGCUUUUUAAAAUACUCGAUGAGGCGCCAGACAUUUAAGUGAGUAGUCGAUAAAUUAAGUGCAUAAAAAAUCGUGUCAAGAUCAAUAAGUGUGUGUCAAGGGGUACACGGCUUUCCUUUUGUGGACCAAGACUGGAUGGUCGUGAUAAAAUUGUGGUGAAUCGUUUAAAAGUGACCGUCGCCGGACGUCGUGGAAGGAUUUUGGCGGAUCCUUUCGUGAUUGUUUUGCGUGAAUCGGAACGUACUCUUAGUAUCAAGGAAUUUGCGUUACCCCUUGGUUUAAAGCAGUGUUCGAAUCAAAUUAUGUUAAGUGUGUGUGCGUGAAAGAUGUCGACGCAAGCGUACUACAAGGAGCGCCUGGGGUUUGAUCCCCAAGAGGCGAUCCAGGACGGAGUCAACGGGGGAUACUACGAUGGGCCCCACCAGCCUAAAAGACACCGAGGGGAGCACGGAGGCCCCGAAACACACGACCACGUGUACGAGGAGAAUUUGACCAAAUUCAAAGACGAACGUGAUGCAAUACAGAAGAAGACGUUCACCAAGUGGGUCAACAAACACUUGAAAAAGGUGAACCGGCACGUCGGCGAUCUGUUCGAGGACCUGCGCGAUGGACUCAACCUCAUCUCGCUGCUGGAGGUGCUUUCUGGCGAACACCUCCCGCGCGAGCGAGGCCGCAUGCGUUUCCACAUGCUCCAAAAUGUGCAGAUGGCACUGGACUUCCUCCGGUACAAGAAGAUUAAGCUGGUCAACAUCAGGGCUGAGGACAUCGUGGACGGCAACCCCAAGCUGACCCUCGGGCUGAUAUGGACCAUCAUUCUGCAUUUCCAGAUAUCAGACAUAGUCGUGGGCCAAGAGCCCAACGUGACGGCCCGAGAGGCGCUCCUGAGCUGGGCCCGGCGAUCCACCGCCAAGUACCCUGGCGUCAGAGUGACGGACUUCACCUCGUCAUGGCGAGACGGGCUUGCCUUUAACGCGCUCAUACACAGGAACCGCCCUGACCUGAUAGACUGGCGUAAUAUCAGGUCAAGACAAGUUCGUGAGCGCUUGGAGACAGCAUUCCAUGUAGUAGAAAAAGAGUACGGAGUUACCAGACUGUUAGAUCCUGAAGAUGUGGACACCCACGAACCCGACGAGAAGUCCCUCAUCACCUACAUCUCGUCUCUGUACGAGACGUUCCCGGAGCCUCCGCCCGUGCACCCGCUGUUCGACGCCGAGUCGCAGCGCCGCGCCGCCGCCUAUACGGAGCAGGCGGCCGUACACCGUGCCUGGCUCCACGAGAAGUGCGCGCUUAUGCAGGACCGUGCUUUCCCGUCAACUUUGAUCGAGAUGAAGAAGCUGCUCAGCGAGAGCACGCGUUUCCGCAACGAGGAGGUGCCGCUGCGACAGCGGGAGAAGCAGAAGCUGUUCCACCACUACAGGGAACUGGAGAAAUACUUCGAGUCGGUGGGCGAAUGCGACAUCGAGCCGACGCUGCGACCGGACGCGUUGGAACAGGCGUGGGCGCGACUGCUGAUGGCGCAGCAGGAGCGCGAGCGCGACCUGGCCGACGAGAUUCGCCGCCUGGAGCGCCUGCAGCGUCUGGCUGAGAAGCUGCACAGAGACAUCAAGCAAACCGAGAGCGGUCUAGACAACGUAGAACGUCAUAUCGAAGCCGAGAUACACCGCGUGGAGCGCGGGGUGCACCCGGCGGAAGCCAAGAUGGCCGCCGAGCAGAUCGAGCACGACCUACGCGCUAUGGAGCACACGCUCCAGGAAAUGUUCCAGGAUGCGCAAGCGCUGAAGGAAGGGAGAUACCCGCAGGCCAGCGAGUUGCACAGGAGAGUGCAGCAAGUCCACGACCGCUGGCUAAACGCCCGUCAAGCCUUCACCGGGCGUCUGGUCCCAAGACUGUCAUCAGUCCGCCUGCCAGUACAGCAGACUACAGUCCGCAGAGAGACAAGGACUGUACUGGAGACCAGGGUUCUGGAUGCCGACCCUAGCUUCCACCAGCUUCAUGAAGCCGCUAGGUGGUGCAAAGAACGACUGAAAAAACUACACGAAGCGGACUACGGCUCCGAUCUGCCAUCAGUGCAACACGAGUUGGACAAACACCAGAGAGAACAUAAACAAAUUGACCAGUUCCAUUCCAAGGUCGAGCAGUGCGUCCACGCAAGAUCCAGUUUCAGCGGCGAGGAGCUCGCGCUGUACAACCAGCAUCUUAGUCAGCUGCAGAAGCUGUAUGCUGAACUGCUGUCUACUAGUACUAAACGCAUGUCCGACCUAGACGCUCUCCAAGAUUUCCUUCAGUCCGCCACAGCCGAACUGAACUGGCUCAACGAAAAAGAACAAGUUGAGUUGUCCCGAGACUGGGCCGACCCACACAUCAACCUGCCCGCAGUACAACACUAUUAUGAGCAACUGAUGUCAUCGCUGGAGAAACGCGAGCUCCAGUUCAGCAACGUAAUCGACAGAGGAGAGGCCCUGAUCGCUCAGCACCACCCGGCUACGAAGACGAUUGAGUCACACUUGCAGGUGAUGCAGUCGCAAUGGGCGUGGGUUCUCCAGCUGACGCUAUGCCUCGAAACCCACCUCAAACACACCACGCAGUACCACAACUUCUUCGAGGGAGUGAAGGAGGCAGAGAAAUGGAUACAGAAGCGCGAAGAAGCCCUCAACACCACCUUCUCCCAAUCCGAAUUCACGCUGGACCAAGGAGAACGCCUCCUCAAAGGAAUGCAGGACCUUCGCGAAGAACUAAACGCUCAUGGCAGCGCCGUCUCGCGGCUGGUAGAAGAAGCUCAAGAAAUCAGGCCCGUGAAGCAACGGCGCUCGCCGGUCACCCGACCACUGAGAGCUGAGACCGUGUGCGCUUAUAAGCAUGCCAAUGUGGCCAUAGAGAAAGGCUCGUCAGUCACCGUGACGGACAACUCGGGCCGCGUGCGCUGGCGCGUGCGCCUCGGCGGCGCCGGCACGGAGCUCCAGCUGCCGGGCGCGGUGCUGGCGCUGCCGCCGCCUUGCCAGGAGGCCGUCGACGCUGCGGCUCGGCUACGUAACGCUUACGAUAGGGUGAUCCAGCUCUGGCAACGCAAACAGCUGAGGAUGCGCCAGAAUAUGAUCUUUGCCACCAUCAAGGUGGUGAAAGGAUGGGACUUCCCGCAGUUCGUAGCAAUGGGUUCGGAACAGCGUCAGGCCAUCCGCCGCGCUCUCAACGAAGAUGCGGAGAAGUUGUUAGCAGAAGGCGACCCCGCCGACCCACAGCUGCGUCGUCUGCGCAGAGAGAUCGAUGACGUCAACCGCCUGUUCGACGAGUUCGAGAGGCGAGCUAGAGCUGAGGAGGAAUCCAAGAAUGCCGCGCGCAUCUUCACGGAGCAGUCCUCGAACCUGCUGGAACGUCUGGACGUUCUGGAGAGGCAGCUGCACGAGAGAAUCGCCAGCCAUAUACCGCGCGACCUCGACACGCUGGAACACCUGGUGCUCCAGCAUAAGGACUGGGAGAGCAGCCUGCAUUCCCUGUCGAGCGAUGUGGAGGAGGUCCAGGCCACUUUCAGAGGCAUCGCCCUCAAGACCCCGGCCAUGAAGAAGAAUCUCGACAAAGUGAUGGGCAAGUGGAACGACAUGCAGUCCAAGAGCCAGCUCUUCGUUGAAAGGUUGAAGUUCGUGGAGAUAGUAGUGAACAGCAUGGAAGAGAACCACCAAACCAUCUCCGAGUUCGAGAUCAAGCUCGCGCAGUUCAACGACUUGCCCAACGACGUCGAGCUCUUGAAAGACAUGCACGAAGACCUCCUCCGCAUGCAAGUAGCUGUCAGCAAGCAGCAGAUCCAAGUAGACCAAAUGAAUGACGAUGCAGAGAACUGCAGACGACUGGUAGAGACCUCCCGCGCCGCGCUACCCCACUCCUCUCUGCCCAGAGCUGGGAAACAUAUCGACCUGGAGAGGUUGGAUAAGGAGGUGUCCCAGCUGAACAGCAGGUGGAAUAAUGUGUGCAGCCAGCUGGCUGAGAGACUCCGAAGCUGCGAAGCGGCGUACCAACUCCUGCGCAACUAUAACGCCGGGCUAGAGAAGGAGGCGGAAUGGAUCGACGACACAUUCGCCAAGUUGCAGGCGCAGCCGCCCAUUGAGAUCCGGCCUAAGGAGCAGUUUGAGCCUACCCGGGUACUACUCACAAGCGUUGUGGAGAGAACGCCUAAGAUCGAAAAAGUUAACGUGGAUGGUGGAAGGUUCAUUCGGGAGGCGAAGAUACAUUCGUCGCGAUGCCAGCGGUAUUCUGAGUGGCUCUGCGACGAGGUACACCCAUCACUGGACAUGAAACACCUGAAACGUCAAGCGGACAUAGACAUGGCGGAACGUCUACGGAACAGAGGCCGGAUCGUCGACCCGGAACGCGUUCCGGUCGGUUCCGAAUCGGUUGCGAGGGAGCUGGAUGAACUGAACUCCAAUCACCAGAAGUUACUGGACUUGUUGUAUGAAAGACUGAGGAGGAUCGCGGCCGCCAAUCCGGGAGACAUUGUUACAUUGCGGCUGGUUGAGUCCAUGGCGCCGCGGUCGGCGCGGUCCUUCCGCCAAGAGUUCAACAUGCAGGACCUGGCCACCAGCACCGAGCACACGUAUACGACGCACUAUACCUCGGAGAAAUAUGUCAGGACGUCACAUUCGACAGAACUUGACGGAUCUCCCAUUAAAUCAAUGGCCAAUGGCAAACUGAGCUCGCCUAAAUACACCACGAAGACCAUCAUCGGCGAUGAUGACCGACCUGACUUAAGGAAUCUCAAACGGGUCCACAAAAUGUACGAAGGCCCGAACAUUAUUGAAUCACGAGGUAUAGUUCACCCCGAAACGAGGGAAAUCUUGACUGUAGGUCAAGCAAUCAGUAUGAGGAUACUUGAUGUACGAACGGGAAGGCUACUGUCCUCCCCAGAGACAAGACAAACCAUGACUAUUGAGCAGGCAGCUAAAGAGGGUCUCAUAGACCCCAAACUAGCAGCCAGGCUAACAGGACCCUGCGGUAUGACAGAAGACGGAAACGAAGUCACGCUACUAGAAGCGAUACAGAGAGAGCUGUACGACGCAGAACAAGGACUCACAGACCCAGCAGAGAAGAGAAUUAAGCAAGCAGUCGAAGAGAAGUACAGACUUUGCGAUGAGACGCUCUCUAAGCUAUUGGAAUGGAUCGCGGUGGUCGAAGAGAGAUUGGCUAACCAAGAGGCAGUUAAGGAAGACAUGGAUGAGCUGCGCAACCAGAUUAACAUUCUUAAGCUCAUCAAGGAUGACCUGGAGAGCCACCAGCGGCAGGUAUCAGCUUGCGCGGACCAGGCCAAGCAACUCCUGGUCUCCGGCGGAGACGUGCUUGCUCCUCAUGAGGUGGCAGCACUGGAGCGCGGCGUGCGCCAACUGAAGCAACGCUGCGACAAGUGCACCGACAAGUGCGACAAGAUGCUGCGACGCUUGGCCGCGGCGAGAGACGAGCUUGGGAAGUUCAGCAAUGAACUCAACGCCUUCAACUCCUGGAUGGAGAAUGCCUACCGCAACCUAGAAGAGAAGGAAGCAGCGCUAUCCAAACUGGACAAGCUGCCCAACCAGGGCGAGGACAUCAGGGAGUUCGUGUCUGACGUCAUAGCUCAUCAAGCUGACCUGCGGUUCAUCACCAUGGCAGCGCAGAAGUUCAUCGAUGAGAGCAAGGAAUUCCUCUCAAUCCUCAACGAAUACCGCACUACCCUUCCCUCCCGUCUAUCGCACGUGGCGCCACCUAGCGAAAGCGCAGUGCGUGAGGGCGCGGCCCUAGCGCGCCGCAGACACGCCGACUUGGCAGCGCGCGCGCAGAGAUUACAAGAGAGACUGCGAGGCGCAGCCCUACUGGCUAAACAGUACCAUCUAGCCGUAGAGAGGGCUGGGAAAUGGAUGCACGAUAUCGAGCCGCAGAUCAAGUCAGUUCUGUCGGAGCCGGUGGGCGGCGAGCCGCGCGCGGUCGAGUCCCAGCUGGCCAAGGCCAAGACGCUGCAUAACGAGGUCUUGGCGCAGGCCCGGCUCAUCGACAACGCCAAGGAUGCAUGCGACCAGCUAGUCAAGUCGCUCGAAGGCAAUCUCACCCCAUCCGAGAUUCGUCAGCUAGAAGUCCCAGUCAUAGAGCUGGAAGCCCGCUACAGAGACGUGGACGGAGCAUUGGGCGCGAGAUGCGGCGAGCUUGAAGCGGCUUUAUUGCAAUGCCAAGGACUACAGGAUGCGGCUGAAACCCAGGCCCUUUGGCUGGGACAAGUUGAGAACGUAUUCAACGCUGGCGCAAAGCGCAAGGCUUUAUUGAUGGACGUAGAUGGAGCAUUGGGCGCGAGAUGCGGCGAGCUUGAAGCGGCUUUAUUGGAAUGCCAAGGACUACAGGAUGCGGCUGAGACCCAGGCCCUUUGGCUGGGACAAGUUGAGAACGUACUAGGUGGACGAUGCGGAGAGCUUGAAGCGGCUUUAUUGCAAUGCCAGGGACUACAGGAUGCGGCUGAGACCCAGGCCCUUUGGUUGGGACAAGUCGAGAACGUUUUCAAGAACCAGAUGAAGCCCGCAUCGCUAGUCCGCGAGCGCCUCGACGAGCAAACCCGCGAGCAACGCCGAGCACACCACGAGCUUGAAGCCCGAAGGCCUACGCUCGCUCAGCUACAGGCUGCCGCUGCUGACGCUGCAAGAGCGCCUUCCAACGCCCGUAUUGCUAGGAAGCUGCAGCAGAGAGCCGAAGAGAUCUAUGCCAGAUACGAAACCCUCCUAGAGCGGUCCAUCAAACGCGGCCAGUUCUUAGACGAAGUGUCGAGCGAACUGGCUCACUUCACGCAGCAGGCCGCUACAUUAGACGCGGCGCACACGCAAUUACAAGAACAAGCCGAUAGCAGGGAGCUGGCCAGGAUGAAUGCUGAAGAGUUGAGGGCCAGGCUCACGGACUUGGCUCAUUACAGAGACAAACAAAUGCCGCUGCUUGAAGAAUGCCUGCGCAACGGCAAGCAACUGAUCGCUAAGAAGGACGUCACUGACACACACGUCGUCCGCGACAGGAUGAAGGCUUUGGAGAACCAAUGGCGCGAUUUCAACACUGCGCUGGAAGAGAAACAAAAGCUGUCGAAGCAACGCGCUGACCAGCUCAACCAAUAUGAGACCCUCAGGCUGCAGGUGCUAGAAUGGCUGCAGGGCAUGGAAGGCCGCGUCGGGCGCCUGCAGCCGGUGGCCGUCGAGCUGGACGUCAUCAAGCUGCAACAGGACGAGCUCCGGCCUUUAGCCAAGGAGUACAGGGACUAUAGCAGCACUAUUGACAAGGUGAACGAAGCGGGUGCGGCGUACGAAGCGCUGACCCGAGGCGAGCGCGCUGACAGCCCUCGCCGAAGGCUCUACAGCCCCACCAAGCACACGAGACAUACGCCUAGCCGCACGCUGGACGGCCGCUCGCCGUCGCCCACCAAGGGCCACGGGCUGGUCAGCCCUGGGUCCACUCACUCCACCUCCAGCGGGUUCUCAUCACGCCGGUCUAGCCAGGAAGGAUUCCAUCUUGAAGAGCUAUCGCCAGUACAGCAACAGCUGGGCGAGAUCAACAACCGCUACAGCCUGCUAGGCAGCCGCCUGGCCGACCGCGCUUCCGAGCUCGACGCGCUGCGAGACGAGCUGCGCAAGCAACUCGACAGCUUGCGGGCUCUCAACACAUUCCUGGACAAGGUCCAAAGGCAGCUGCCCAAGGAAUCCGUGCCCAACACGAAGGAGGAAGCCGACAAGACCAUCAAGCAAGCACGCGCCGUGCUCGAGGAGAUGUAUGAGAAACAGAGCAUCCUCGACUCCACCAAGACACACGUCCGCGAACUCCUGAAGCGCAAGCAGGGCGUGCAGGGCGCCGACCGCCUCCACGACGAGAUGGAAGACGUGUCGUCCAGGUGGAAGGCUCUUCACGACGCCUUCAAGGACAAGAUCCGCCUAAUGGAGGAAGUAAAGGACUUCCACGACACUCACAGCAACUUGACCCAAUGGUUAGGCGCUAAGGACCGCAUGAUGGCUGCCCUCGGGCCCAUCUCAUCUGACUCUCGGAUGGUUCAGACUCAAGUACAACAGGUGCAAGUCCUCCGCGAAGAAUUCCGCGUCCAACAGCCUCAGCUGUCCCACCUGGAUGACGUGGCGGCCGCUGUAUUACAGCGCUUGGAGCCGCGAUCAGCUGACGCCAACAAGACGGCCCAGAAACGGCAGGAGAUCCACGACAGAUGGGAUGACCUGCUCGGAAGAUUGGAAGCCCGCGGCGAGAGCUUAGGAGCGGCGGCGGACACGUCUCGCGAGUUCGACGCCGGGCUUGCUCGCCUCAGGGACGCUUUACACACCAUCGCCGACAACUUGGACAGGCUGUCGCUGGACAACGAGCCGGAGGAGCAGUUGAGGAAGAUCGAGAACCUGGAGCGCCAACUAGAAGGCCAGCGGCCAUUGCUAGCGGACUUGGAAGCGGCCGGCGCCGCGUUAGGCGCGGUGUUGGCCGACGCGGCCGCUCGCCAGGACAUACAGGCCAAACUGGCCGCCGUGGCUAGGCAAUACGACAACCUGCAGAGGAAACUCGACCAUAGGAAGGCGGAGAUCGAGGGCGCUUUGAAGGAAGGUCGCAACCUCGAGGAGAAUGUCGCCAAGACCCUCGGCUGGCUGCAAGCUGAGCUGGGCGCGCUACCCGCUCGUUUACACGUGUCAGCCGACGCAGUGCGCUUGCAGCAACAACUGGACACGCACACGCCGCUGUAUAGAGACCUCAAUCAGAGGGAGCAUGAGCUCAUCAUGCUUCUUGACAAAGGUCGCGAAAUGGAGAAGAAGCCAGCCUACCAAGGCCUGCGCAAAGACCUUGAUAGAGUCCAAGCACAGUGGGACAAACUCAAGCGGGAGAUCGUCGACCGCUACACCAGGCUGCAAACCGCUAUGGAACAUUGCCGCAAGUACAGCAAGGCGCAAGAGUCCUUCAUACCCUGGCUGUCUGACGCCGAGGAGCGCCUGGCCAAGCUGCCGCCCGUCGCCUUUACAAGGAAAGAGGCCGAAAGACAGCUCCGAGACCUACAGCAGAUCAGGAACGACAUCUGGAAGAGGUCCGGCGAAUACGAGAACAACAAGACACUCGGCGAGACGUUCAUCUCAUCGUGCGAUGUUGACCAGGAGGUCGUGCGCAAGCAGCUUGACUCCAUGAAGGACCGCUGGGACCGCCUCAACAACGAGGUUCUCCAACAAGUGGAAUUCCUCGAGACCACCGCUCGCAAGCUCGGCGAAUUCGGCGAGAAAGUUCGCGCGGUGGAGACUCCUCUACAACGAUGCGAGGAGCGCCUGGGAGACGCCUUGGCCGCCCCGCCCGCUGUCGCUGCCGAGGCUGUGGCGCGUUUGUCUGAUCAGAUACAUGCUCUCAAGGCACCACUACAGAGCGUGGAAGUAGCAGCGGACGACAUCGUGCGUCUCGCUCUGGAAUGCAAUGGGCCCGACGCGGCGGCGCGCGCACGUGACGUGUUGCAAGAACACGCGGCGGCGCUGCACGACCGGCUCAAUGACCUCGAGCAGAGAGCUGAUGAGGCUAAGGGAAGAUUGGCAGGCGCUGCAGCCGCUGUCACGCAGUUCCAAGACAAAGUCAAGAACCUGUCCCACGACUUAACCGACUUAGAAAAGGAGCUAGACUCCAUGAAACCUCCGGGCCGUGACGUCAAGACUGUCAAGCAGCAGCUGGAUGACAUCGGCCGUUUCUACAAGAGGCUGGAGAAAGCUGACGACCUUAUUGGUGACACUGAAAGGGCUGCAGAGAGUCUGGUGGACAGCGGAUACGCUGUGGACUCGUCGAAGACUAGAGACCAGGUGGAAGGCCUGCGCAAACAACUAGGCAAGCUUGACGAGCGCGCGCGCUCCAAGGAACAAGAGCUGGAUGACACCCUGAGCAAGUUGGAAGCCUUCUACAAGGCUUACGACUCCGUCAUGGACGACGUGCAGGAGGCCUCCGAACAAGUCCGCAGUCUCAAGCCGGUCUCUUCCGAAGUAGAACAGAUCAGAGCCCAGCAGAAAGACUUCGGCGAGCUGCGCCGACGUACGCUUGAACCGCUCGGCCAGAACGUGGCUCAUUGCAACAAGAUUGGACAGGGCCUGGUGCGAUCAGCGCUACAAGGAGUUAGCACGCAACAAUUGGAGAAAGAUCUGGAGAAGAUGAAUGACAAAUGGAAUGCUCUUAAGGAGAAGAUGAACGAGCGCGAGCGCCGCCUAGACGUAGGAUUACUCCAGUCCGGCAAGUUCGCCGAAGCAUUAGCCGGGCUGGACAAGUGGCUGGCCGACACCGAGGAUAUGGUGCGCAACCAGAAGCCGCCGUCUGCUGACUACAAGGUCGUGAAGGCACAGCUACAGGAGCAGAAGUUCCUCAAGAAGAUGCUAAUGGACCGUCAGAACUCCAUGUCGUCUCUAUUCGCGAUGGGAAACGAAGUGGCGGCGGGCUGCGAGCCGGCUGAGCGAAAGGCGGUGGAGGGACAGCUCAAGAAGCUCAUGCAGCGGUUCGAUGCGCUGACCGAGGCCGCACAGCAACGGAUGCUGGAUUUGGAGCAGGCUAUGAAGGUGGCGAAGCUGUUCCAAGAGCAACUGCAACCGCUGGUGGAAUGGCUUGGAGUGUCCGAACGCAAGGUCAAGGCUUUACAACUGGUGCCCACGGAUGAGGAGAAGAUACAGCAAAAGAUCAGGGAGCACAAGAACCUCCACGAAGACAUCCUGUCGAAGCAGCCCGCGUUCAAGCAGCUGACCGAAACCGCGUCCACGCUCAUGGGGCUCGUCGGCGACGACGAGGCCACCGCACUGGCUGACAGGCUGCAAGCCGCUACGGACAGAUAUCAGACCCUAGUAGACAACAGCUUAGACACCGGAGCGUUGUUAGAGCGCUCUCGAGCUGGACUUAGACACCUGGUGCUCACGUACCAGGAGUUAGCAGCCUGGAUGGACGCCGUAGAACAGGCACUGGCCAGGAGACGCCUGCUGCCGCUGCAGAUGGACAAGCUGCUGAGGACUAUGGAUGAGCUAGCCGAAAAGACCGAAGAGAUCGCCUCCAAGCAAGAAGCGGUAGACAGCACGGUGGAGUCAGGCCUCGAGCUGAUGAAGCACAUCUCCGGAGACGAGGCUCUCCAGCUCAAAGACAAGCUGGACGCUCUGCAGAGACGAUACAACGAUCUCACGUCCAAGGGCGCCGACUUGCUGAGGAUCGCGUCUGAAACGCUGCCGCUGGUGCAGCAGCUGUAUAACAGCCAUAACAAACUCAACGAAUGGAUGUCGAGCGCGGAAGCGUGCCUGCAGUCGGUGGAACCUCGCGAGGAAGACAUCUUGAGGCUAGAAGCUGACCUGCAGGAGUUCAAACCUGUGCUGGAUAAUAUCAACCUGAUCGGACCGCAGUUAUGCCAGAUUUCCCCUGGAGAGGGCGCUACGCACGUGGAAGGCAUCGUGACCCGCGACAACCGUCGAUUCGACGCCAUCGCAGAACAGAUACAGCGCAAGGCCGAACGCCUGCUGCUUAGCAAGAAGAGGUCACUAGAGGUCGUCGGUGAUAUGGAAGAGGCCGUCGAAUGGCUGCGCUCAGUCGAAGGCGCUUUGCGAGAGGCCGAGCCUCCCGCGUGCGAGGCGGCACUUGUGAGGGCCCAGCUAAAACAGCAGCGGCCCCUGAGCGACGACGUGGCCGCACAGAGGGUCCGAGUGAGGGACCUGCUCGCUCAGGCUAAGAAGGUUCUUCGUGAGUGCCAGUCGUCCGACGAGACAGCCGUCAUCCGCGAACGCAGCGAGGAGCUAAAGGAACUAAUGGAGGAAGUGGGCCAGCUCAGCGCCGAGCGACUCGCUGCCCUUGAACAGGCCCUGCCAUUGGCCGAACACUUCGCCGAUACACAUCACGGGCUGUCCUCGUGGAUGGACGACAUGGAGAAGCAGAUUCAGAUGCUGGCCAUGCCGGCGCUGCGCCCCGACCAGAUCGUGCAGCAGCAAGACAAAAACGAAAUGUUGCAACAAUCGAUCGCGGGGCACAAGCCGCUGGUAGACAAGCUGAUGAAGACGGGCGAAGCCCUAGCGCGUCUCUGCGGAGAAGACGACGCCGCCAAGGUGCAGGACACCGUGGAGGCCGACUGCGAGCGGUACAACGCGCUCAGGGCCGAGCUCAGGCAGCGGCAGCAGGAGUUAGAACAGGCGCUGCAAGAGUCCUCUCAGUUUUCGGACAAGCUGGAAGGCAUGCUUCGCGCGCUGGGCGGCGCCCGCGACCAGAUCUCCCGCGCCGAGCCCGUCUCCGCGCACCCGCCCAAGAUCGAAGACCAAAUCGAAGAGAACAACGCGUUGGUAGAAGAUCUGGACAAACGCAAGGAGGCUUACAACGCGGUACAACGCGCCGCCUCUGACGUCAUCAGCAAGGCCAAUAAGAGCGACCCGGCCGUCCGGGACAUCAGGAACAAGCUGGAGAAACUUAACAAACUAUGGGACGAAGUGCAAAAGGCGACGAACGACCGCAGCCAAUCGCUGGAAAGCGCUUUGGAAGUGGCCCGCCGCUUCUGGCAGCAACUAGACGCUGUCAUGGCGACUCUAGCCGAACUACAGGACACGUUAGCAGCGCAGCCACCGCCGGCAGCGCAACCGCGCGCCAUUCAAGCGCAACAGGUCGCGUUGCAGGAGAUAAGGCACGAAAUUGACCAUACCAAGCCUGAGGUGGAGAAAGUCCGCAAGACCGGUUCCACUCUCAUGUCGCUAUGCGGCGAGCCAGACAAGCCAGAGGUUAAGAAGCACAUGGAGGACCUGGAUAGCGCCUGGGAUAACAUCACCGCGCUCUACGCCAGACGGGAGGAGAAUCUAAUUGAUGCCAUGGAGAAGGCGAUGGAGUUCCAUGACACUUUGCAGAACCUCCAAGAGUUCCUCGACUCCGCCGAAGACAAAUUCUCCCGUAUGGGGGCGCUAGGGUCGGACAUCGACGCCGUCAAGCGACAGAUCGCGCAACUGGCCUCCUUCAAGCAAGAGGUCGACCCGCAUAUGGUGAAGGUGGAAGCGUUGAACAGACAAGCCCAAGAGCUGACCGAACGCACAUCCUCCGAGCAAGCGGCUGCCAUAAAACAGCCUCUCACAGAAGUCAACUCUCGGUGGUCGGCCCUCCUUAGAGGCAUGGUGGAGAGGCAGCAGCAGUUGGAGAGAGCUUUGUUAAGGCUGGGACAGCUGCAGCACGCGUUACAAGAGCUGCUGACAUGGAUCCAGAACACUAUGGACACUUUGGACACGCUCAAACCGGUGGCAGGCGACCCUCAGAUCUUGGAGGUGGAGCUGGCCAAGUUAAAGGUGCUGGUGAACGACAUCGCGGCGCACCAGGCCAGUGUUGAUACCCUCAACGACGCCGGCGCACAGAUACAGCAGCACGGAACCGCAGAGGCCGGCGAAACAGCCGAAAAGCUGUCGACCAUGAACAAGAAGUGGCGCGAACUGCAGCAAAAGGCUCGCGACAGGCAGUCGGAGCUCGAAGACGCCCUUAGGGAAGCCCAGAGCUUCAAUGCCGAAAUCGGCGAUCUGCUCUCGUGGUUGUCCGAAGUGGACAGCGUCAUUGCAGCCUCCAAACCCGUCGGUGGUCUACCCGAGACCGCCUCAGAACAACUGGAGAGAUUCAUGGAAAUAUACAACGAGAUAGAAGCCAACCGGCCGAAGGUGGAGGCAGUGCUGCAACAGGGCCAGGAGUACCUCAAGCGGCAGGACAAGCCCAACCCCACCUCGCAGUUGCACCACAACCUCAAGACGCUCAAGUCCAGAUGGGACAACGUCACUGCUAGAGCCUCAGACAAGAAGAUCAAGCUGGAGAUCGCACUCAAAGAAGCUACGGAGUUCCACGACGCUCUCCAAGCCUUCGUGGACUGGCUGACGGGCGCCGAGAAGACUCUUACUUCUGCUAAACCCGUCUCGCGAGUCAUGGAAACUCUGCUCACCCAAAUCGAAGAGCACAAGGCCUUCCAGAAGGAAGUGGCCACGCACCGCGAGACCAUGCUACAUCUGGACAAGAAGGGCACCCACCUCAAAUACUUCAGCCAGAAACAAGACGUUAUCCUCAUCAAGAACUUGCUGGUAUCGGUUCAGCACCGCUGGGAGCGUGUGGUAUCUAAGGCCGCCGAGAGAACCAGGGCGCUGGACCACGGCUUCAAAGAGGCCAAGGAAUUCAGCGACAUGUGGAACAACUUGAUGAACUGGCUGAACGAUACCGAGAAACAACUGGACGAACUCAACCAAGAGGCGACCGUCAACGAUCCUGAGAAGAUCAAGCAGAGAUUGCAUAAACAUCGCGAGUUCCAAAAGGCAUUGGGAGCGAAACAGCCCGUCUACGAUCAAACCAUGAAGGGCGGUAAACAACUGAAGGACAAGGCGCCCAAAGCGGACGAACCCGCGCUGCGAGACAUGUUAAGCGACCUCAAGAGCAAGUGGACCACCGUCUGCUCUAAGGCCGUUGACAGGCAACGCAAACUCGAGGAGGCUCUGUUAUACUCGGGACAGUUCAAGGACGCCAUGUCGGCUCUCCUGGACUGGCUGAAGAAGCAGCAACUCAGUCUGUCUGCGGACUCGCCUGUGCACGGAGACCUGGACACAGUCAUGGCUUUGAUAGAACAGCACAAGCAAUUCGAAGAAGACCUCCACUCCCGAGAACAGCAAAUGCAGUCUGUCAUGAAGACUGGAAAAGAUCUGGAAGCUACUGUGCCCCGCGAAGACGCAGUGAGCAUCCGACAACAGUGUGGAGAAUUGAAGCAACUGUGGGAAAGCGUCCAUUCGCUUAGCGACAAGAAGGCGCAGAAAUUAGAACUGGCGCUGAAGGAGGCGGAGCGCCUCCACCGCUCUGUCAACAUGCUGCUAGAAUGGCUGUCGGACGCCGAAACGCGGCUUCGCUUCGCCGGCGCGCCGCCCGACGCCGAGCACGAGGCGAGCGCGCAACUGCGCGACCACGAGCGCUUCGUGCGCGAGCUCAACGAGAAGAAGAUCGACAAGGACGAAACUAUCACGCUCGCACAGUCGAUACUAAGCAAGGCGCACCCGGACGCGGUCACGGUGAUCAAGCACUGGAUCACCAUCAUCCAAAGCCGAUGGGAUGAGGUGUGGCAAUGGGCGAUGCAACGCGGAGGCAAGUUAGAGGCGCACAUGCAAAGCCUUCGAGACUUGGAUCUGGUGCUGGAGGAGCUCCUCCAAUGGCUCAUGGGCCUGGAGAACACCCUGCUAUCGUUGGAAUCAGAGCCUCUGCCGGAGUCGAUAGAGCUGUUGGAAGGCCUUAUUGAGGACCACAAAGAACUGAUGGAACACACGCAGAAGAGACAAAACGAAGUGGACCGAGUCUGCAAGGCUUACCAGGUUAAGAGUCAAAGCCAGGGCCGGGAAUCGACCCCGCGAAAGGUGUCCGCCAAGACCGCCACUAAAGGAGCUCCUGGCCGGGGUUCCCAGCACGACUUGAGUAGAGAGAGAUCGGUGUCACCAGAUUAUUACGGCACUAGGCGGUACAGGUCGCGGAUUCACAGUCGCAGUAGACGUGGAAGUCGCGUGAGUCCGGGACGGGAGACGCCGGACAGGAAUCUACCGCACUACGGGCCCCGGUUCCCGCCUAAGGGAAGCAAAGGCGCCGAACCGGAGUUCAGGUCGCCACGCGUCCGUCAACUGUGGGACAAAUGGAGGACCGUCUGGCUCCUGGCCUGGGAACGCCAGAGACGGCUCCACGCUCGCCUGGCACACCUCAAGGAACUCCAGAGGGUGUCCAACUUCAGCUGGGACGACUGGAGGAAGCGGUUCCUCAAGUUCAUGAACCACAAGAAGUCCAGGCUGACGGAUUUGUUCAGGAAAAUGGAUAAGGACAACAACGGCCUGAUACCGAGGAACGAGUUUAUUGACGGCAUUAUUAACACCAAGUUCGACACCUCUCGACUAGAGAUGGGCGCAGUGGCUGACCUGUUUGACAGGAACGGAGGCGGCCUCAUCGACUGGGAGGAGUUCAUAGCGGCGCUCCGACCUGACUGGGUGGAACGCCGAGGCCCGCCGACCGACGCCGAUAAGAUCCACGAUGAGGUGAAGCGUCUGGUCAUGCUGUGUACCUGCAGACAGAAGUUCAGGGUCUUCCAGGUCGGCGAGGGGAAGUACCGGUUCGGAGACUCCCAAAAGCUGCGACUGGUCAGGAUCCUUCGCUCCACCGUCAUGGUGCGAGUCGGAGGCGGUUGGGUGGCGCUCGACGAGUUCCUGGUCAAGAACGACCCGUGCCGAGCCGAGGAGUUUAUGGCGCAGCUGAAGCCUAUAUUUGAGGCUCUAAGGCAACGAGAAGAGCUCCCGUGCUCGUACCCUCUCCACGUCGGUUCGACACAUGGCACUAAGCAGGCGUUCAUAUAUGGCCACUCAAGAUCUCAAGGUUCGACGACGCCGGGGGCCCAUCAUUAUACGCAUCACCACGGAUACCAGCCGUCUCCUGGAUAUCACUGGGUGAGAGAACGCACAGCUCGGUCGGUGCCGAUGUCCGCUGGAGGAGCUCCGGGACGAGCAUCCAGGUCGUCCCUCAGCGCUGGGACGCCAGACUCUCUCAGCGACAACGAAGCGGCUAGCGGACUCGGUACUAGAUAUAGGAAACCAAGUGUACCUCGGUCGACUCUCACGCCAGGUGGAUCGAGACCCGGAUCACGACCGGGUUCAAGAGCAGGUUCAAAACCGCCGUCAAGGCAUGGAUCGAACCUCUCAUUGGAUAGUACAGAUGAUGUCUCCACACCGUCGCGUAUACCUAUGAGAAAGGUGACGAAUACCCGAGCGUCUGUAGCUCGCGCGGCUGCGACGGCAAGCAAGCUCGGAGUGGCCACGCCCAACGGCGGGUCACGGCCACGAACACCGACAGGCUUCUUGACACCAGCCAGUGGAAGGUAUCCUAGCGGCGCGAUGUACCGCACAUCCAGUAUACCGACACUGUCCCCGGUGCCGGCGUUAGUGAGCUCGACACAUUCCCAGCCAUCUUCUGUGGCAUCUGAACAUCCCAAGUCAUUAUCACACACCCAUCCUGCAUUCCAAACUCAAGGUUCCACAAAGAUUCCUGUAUACAUUGGACAUUCCCAGAGAACUCCUUCCGUCGAGAGACGUAUGAAAAAGUCCCGGAAGUCCCAUUCCAGGGAAACUUCCCAAGAACCAAGUCCCACGUCCUUAGAUCCUUCAAGGAAAUCCGAGCAAAGAAGUCCAGAAGACGACUCUUCUCUGUUCAGCAUAUCGGGAAUGACGAGCGACAAUGAAUAUGAGAGUAAUAUAAGCGAGUCAAGCGGUGAAGCGUCUAAGCCGACCCAGCGAGAUGCCAAAGGAAGCGGGUCGUUUGCCUCCACCGAGGGACAAACGCCCGGCAGGAGUCGGAUUCCCGUUCUUAAGGACCACCAUACUAACAGUAACACGAAUAGGCAAAGGACGCCAUCAGGCAGCACGACGCCAGUGCGGUCUGGUCAGCAGACGGCAGUGUCGCGGCUGCUGCGGAAACCAUCCGAUGCGUCUGACAACGGAGCGCCCUCGACGCCCGGCUCACGACGCGGCACUCCCUCAACUACACGAACCACGGAGAAACGCGAACCAUUCCGACUAUAAACGAAUAUAAUGCCGUCACAGAUCCGAAAUAUGACAAAAAUCUAACAUUUCGAUCUGAGAUAUCAAUUAAUCAUGACUAUGUAAUGCGAGUCGUCUUGAUACCUUUGAGUUCUUAUAAAUACUUAAUCAAAAUUUCUUUUGCUUUGUAAUCUUAAUAAUCUUUGUAAAUGCCUACCCACCUUUUACUGAAUUAUUCAAAGUUUUCCAUCAAUGCGGCUCGCAUAACCAUAGAGGCAAGUGACCAUAUUAUAAUAUAUUACUAACCUGAAUUAACCAAUUCGCGAAUUAAGCCAAGCUUAAAAAAAAAACGAAUUUGCGAAUGUGGCUUUUUAGUUAAGGGAAACAAUAGAUGGUAGUAGUAAAACAUAAAGUCUGCACUUGUUGCCUUGUAUACUUAUUUUUUUCUAUGAUCCGUGCAAUUUUGUGCACGUUGGACUUAUUUUAUUUAUUUUGUGCUGUCAGUAUUUCCCCUUUACGUUCAGAACCAUGGGUGGAUUAAGGAUCCAGUGUGUCAAUGUGAAUGUUAUUCAUUUUUCUUAUUUAUUGUCAACGUUGCCAUAAUUGUUAGCGUAUGUUUUGUAUGAUAAUAUACGUAUUAUGUCUCUCUACAGAGACAAAUGAAAAGUGUGAUUUUGUAAUCUUUUUUGUAAUUAUUUUUCCUUUAGGGACCAUUUUGUUAUCGAACUAUUUGAAAGUAGGUGAUUGCGUGUCACCGCUUUUCGCUAUCCGAAGCCAAUGUGUAAUAACGCCAGAUUGUGCAUUUGGUAGGAAGGCAGAAAGCUGUUACUCGGAAUCUAAAUAAGGUGAUAAUAGAAUUAUUUAAAUGUUUUCUUUCGUAAUGCACAAUCAUGUCUCUAUCAUUAUCGAUUCUUCGGUGUUCAAUAUUAUUUUUUUGGAAUGGUAUAUUGAUAGUUAUCAUCCACUCUGUACAUUUAUGUAUGUGAUUUAUUUAUAUGUUGAUAAUUGCACAAUAUCUUUGUUAUGAUGAUGGUGAUACAAAUGUUUUGGGUGGUGUUUGGAGUUUCAUGUCUGCGACUGUCGCCAGAGUUGCUAGAUGUGUUCGCCUUUCACCAGAUAAUAUCUGCUCAGUUUAAAUUCUACAUACGACGUUGGUUUUAGUAAUUUAACAAAGUACACUUUGUCGCAAAAGACAUUUACUUAAUUUUUCUAGGAAUACUUUUGAUAUGAAAUAAAAUGCUUUAAAAUGUAACCUUCGUAUAAAAAUGUUAACCAACACUCACACUUAUUUGUUAAUUUUUAUUAUAAAUCUGACUCUUAAGCUUAUUAUUAGAGAUAUAAAACUAUUAAUCUGGUCAUUUUUAUUUAAAUCAUUGUUGUAUUUGUUAUAUUAUAUAAAAUCGAGGCAGAUUUAAUAAAAGCUUGCAAUUUUUGUAUAAAAUAAUGAUUCUGAGACCUACAGUUUUAAAAUCUCAUUAUUGAUUUCAAAAUAUAAAAUAAACAAUAACAAAUAA